GGACGACAUUACAUCAAGUCAUCACCUGUAUUCUGACUGCAUAGACCGAGCUAACGGUGUCUAUGCAGUCCAGAAACAUUUUCUCUCUUCGAGUAUUCCGGUCCAUGUUGUGUCCAAAAUCUGGGGAGCAGAGCACAAUGUCAGAUGUGAGUUGCCAUCCUGUCAAGUGGACAUCGACUUAGCCAGGAGGAGUGGACUAAGCCACUACAAAUGCCAUCACCUUAGGUCACUGGACUAUUGUGGGUCCUUUCCUGAUGAUCCUUCUCUUUCAGAAAGUACCCUGACAGAAAUGGUCAAGCUAAAAUGGUUUGGCAGUGAAAGAAAGAGAGAUUACCUAGAAAGACAAAGCUUGGCCACCCAUGACAACAGACCCUUGUCUGUGGCAACAAAGGCGACAAUGCCCUCUUUAAAGAGGUGCAUUUCAGUAUAUGAGCCACAUGCAUCAUAUUAUGCCCAACUUGGAAGAAUAAUGGUCACAUAUGAUGUAAAGCAGAACUCCUGGCAUUGUCCUUGUGCCAGGUCAAGAAGAUCCUGCCUCCAUAAAUAUAUUGCAAAAUGGCACCUGUUCCAGACUGAGCAUCAGCUUUUCAGGACCGUCCAAAGCACAGAUCAGACCAGUCCAGUUCAUGAAAGUGUAGAUGACGCAGGCCUACUGUACCCCCCGACAAAAGAGCUGGAAUCUAUGAUUCAGUAUGUCAUGAACAACAAGACCAUCCCUGCAGCUCUUCCCGAGAACCUGCGUCUGCCUUCAUUUUCAAGCACAUACCCAACCAGCCUCAUUCCUGAUGAGAUGUUCUGCCAUAGAUGUGCUGGAAAUGUACCUUUAUCAGACCCUCUGCUCAUCACAUCAAAGGCCAAAAUUCUUACAAAUACAAGAAUUAUCCAUGACGUUGCCACCUACUCGAAAUGUUGCCACCAAUGUGGAAUCCACUACAGGUAUCAAGAGUGGAAAGAUGGCCUGCACAAUUUUAAUGACAGUGUCAUUCUUGACCUUCCUUUAUGCCUACAUCUUCGAAACAUGCUACAGGCCCACACCGCUGUCGGGAGAGUGGUUCAGUGUCUGGAGGUCACCAUAGGGGAACAGUUUCCUCCAGCCAAAACAGUGCUCCAUGCCUAUCUCCAUUUUGAGGCACUCACAAGUCACGAGUAUGAAUACUCUUGUGUGACAUGUGGGGAUCAUCCACCCAUUGUCAUCAUGGAUCUCCACAGAAAAGGAGCAUUCAACAUGUCAUUGAGUGACAUCAAACCACCACCAAAGGAUUUCAAUGGACACAUGGAUAUGGACGACUUUUGGGAUAAACUGGCCCUGCAAAUGAUUGGUCGUGGCUUUGUAAAAAAACAGAGUGACAAUCCCUUCACUGUCCACCCCAAUUACCACCUUUGGGCACCAUGGAUUGGAAGACAUACACGCAAGUCCAGUCAGUGCCUCAACACAGAGUUCCAAAAAAUCCACCAACCCAAAGAAGCUGAGCUUUGCGAAAUAACUGUCUCUGAAGAUAGACUCAAAAAUGAGCUUUAUAAGAAAAAGGUAUCAGUGAUCAGGAAACUGUGCAAGGAAUGUGGUGUUGAUUCCAUUGGCUCAAAAAGUGACCUCCUAGAGAGGCUUUCAUCUGAGAUGAAAUCUAGACAUACUUUUGACAAAGUAUUCGAAAAGAUUUGGGGUGCCUCUGGUGGAUGGGCUGUGGUCAUGUGCCCUUGUGGAAUUGUCUACAGCAUCAAAUGCUGUUUGCGCGCAGAGAGUCCGAGAGACUUUGCAGAUCUCCUCCUCUCAUGGAAACACAUGCCUAAUGUAGUCAUCUAUGAUUUCGCACGGGGACUGGCCACACACACCAAUCUUCGCUAUCCUGAGAUGUUAACCUUCACGCCACACGAAGGUCGUCUAGCUGACCCUACAGAUGGCAACAUAAAGAUGGCAAAAGAGGGAAAGCUGAAGAUCUCCUUACCGUGGCUUAGUAUAAAAAAACAAGUCCCAGACAGCCAUGGCCACCCAAUUACAGGCUCAGCAGAGCACUAUGUCCUUAAUGACAAAUUUCAUGAAGACAAUUCAAAAGACGAACGGGAUGCUCUCCGCAAGAUUGGUCUUGUAGCCCAACUUGCUGGUAAAGUGAAUAGCCAGGUUGCGGAGCAGUUCUUUAGCAAGUUAAAGAAAAAUAACUACUUUCUAAAUAUGACCCUUCCAUCAACCCACGUCUUCCUCAUGAGAAGUAUCAUCCACCACCACAACAGACAGAAGAAUUUGAGAAGACUAGAGGCCUUCAAAAAAGUAUUUGGGACAGAAGUGGUGCUGAACAUCAACCACCAGGCUGUUCUUGGUAAUGUUUGA